AUGCGAAAACGCUAUCGCGCCUGUGAAGAAUGUCACCGUCUCAAAAUCAAAUGCGACGUGAGCACCUCCCCACAACCAGGCAUUUGCGAGCGGUGCCAUCGCAACGAUCUUGAGUGUGUACCGGCUGCACCACGCCUACAACGCGACCGCAUUAGUGAGCUCGAAUCCCAGGUCCAGGAACUCCAGAAUGCGUUGCAGAGACAGUCCCAUCAGAACAUCUCUACUCCCCCAAGCUGUUCGCCGGGUAGUCUGUCAACGCUAAGCCGUUCUCCCGCAAGCCUCCCUGAAAGCCACCACGACGCCAUCUUGUCAUUCCUGGAUGCGCGCAUCCCGCUCUACAAGCAGCAACAGCUACUCCACCACUAUGCACUCCAAGCUGAGGCCGCGUGGCCGGCAGUCCGUUUGACUACCAAUCUCGAGUUCUACCGAGCAAAAUCCCCGGUCCUGCUGGUGGCUGCGCUAGUUUUCUGCAUCACACAAGACGCCCAAGGCAUUGAUCUAGACCUACAUGAUGAGCUUGUUCGAGAAGCCAUGCGCGUACUCGGCGGCGAGGUAAUUGCCCGAGGGCAGCGGUCUCUUGAGCUCGUGCAAGCUCUGCUCCUGCCUGCUUUCUACACCAAGAGCACACGCAACGGCCAGCAAGGAAGUUGUUAUCAGAUCCUCCAACUAGCCACUGACAUGGCUAUUGACCUGGGAAUUGCCGGAGGUUCACUGCAGCCGACACCUCCAGCAUUCUUUUGCAGACUCCAGGACACGGCGUCACUCGAGGCACGCCGCACCUGGAUAGCCUGCUACAUUGCAACCUCUACUUCGUCCAUGAGCACCCGUCGACCCAGUCCCGUUCCUUGGGAUGCUUACUUGGAUGAAUGUGUCGGGUACCUAGAGAGCAACGGCGAUGCAUCCGACCUGCUGUUUUGUCAGAUUGCUCGUAUCACUCAGCUUGACCAGGAAAUCUCCAACCAUCUGUGUCUCUGCCAAAUAUCUACCUAUGUAGAUGGCAACGACUACAACGUCUACGCAGUCAUUGAUGCGCUCAAGCUUAAGCUCGACGCAUGGGCAGCUCAGAUCCCACCCAGUCUCGCACAUUCCAAGAUACUCAGAGUAUAUUGGCAUGUGUCCAUGAUACACUUGUAUGAGCUUGUGCUACACACUCCCACUAACAAGGCAUCUUUUGCAUCGCCGUUUAUCCCCGGACGCAUUCCAGUCAAGGACUUUCCAAAGCCUGCCAUGAUCAUCCCUCCGCUGCGGGAAGCCCUGCAAGCUCUUGUGCAAAACUGCCAUGGCGUAAUAAAAACAGCAGCUGAAAUGGACCCAGCUAUGGUUAUCGGUCUCCCUUCAUUUUGCUUUGCGCCAGCCGUUUUGCAUGCUCUUUUCGUGCUCGUUACUACCUUGGUCGCAGCCAACGACCCAGAGAACACAUAUGGCCAAUGUUUGCCAAAAGACUGUUUCCGCAUCGAAGAAUGCGGCCUUAGACUGCGGAACCUGGUGGCACCUAUGAAAGUUCUCGAUCCAACGCUGAGCUGCUACACAACCCGCAUGAUUGAUGCGACGGGGUGGCUGGAGGAAUGGUAUAAUGACUACAAGGCCAUUCUGCGUAGAUAUCAGGCAAGCGUUGCCAUUUCGUAA